AUGGUCUGCACGAAGGCCGUCCCGUUAGGAAUUGUGCUUGUGGUCGCCGUGUCGUCGCUGGCGCCGGCGGUGGGUGAGAUCGAGACCCGCCGUGCUGCUCGGAAGGACCUUGGCAUCAACCUCGGGAAUGGCCUGGGGAUCGGGAUCGGGAUCGGCGUCGGCGCCGGCGUUGGUGCCGGGGGCUCCGGCUCCGGCUCCGGUUCAGCGUCUUCGUCUGGUUCUGGUAGCUCGGGAUCAGGCUCAGGCUCAGGCUCAGGCUCAGGCUCUGGGUCAGGGUCGGGGGGUCUGGGUCUUGGGCUUGGUGUCGGAGUUGGUAUAGGUCUGGGAGGUGCCGGUGGCUCAGGCGGUUCAGGCUCUGGGUCAGGCUCAGCGUCAGCGUCUAGCGGUUCAGGAUCAGCCUCGGCUUCUGGUUCGGGUUCAGGGUCAGCAGGCUCUGGAGGGGGCCUUGGGAUUGGACUCGGUGCUGCCGUCGGCAUUGGAUUAGGCAGUGUUGGUAGUGGUAACGGUGGUUCAGCUUCCGGUUCAGGUUCAGGGUCUGCAAGUAGUUCAAGUGCUGGAUCAACAAGUGCCUCGUUUUCCGCAGGUUCUAGUUCAGGCUCCAAUGCUGGGUCGCACUCUGGGUCCGGUGCAGCAGGAUCAAGUUCCGGGUCCAGUGCAAGAUCAAGCGCAAGAGAAGGAAUGCCAAUCGGAGGCGUCGUCAACGCUGACGUUGAUAGCACAAAGCACAGGCAGAAGAACAGGACUAGCACUAGCUUGAUAAGGCUUACAACAUGCAAGCAAAACAUAUUUGCAUCAAAAUCAAGUAGUAACCCAAAACCACAGGUGCGGUGCUCAUAUACAAUAGCUCCAUGUCCAUUCCAAGUCGAAGUUUUUCCAGAUGAAUACUUUUCAGAUGUUAAAAAUGAUAAUGUUUCAGUACGGGAGGAUGGAUCAGUUUUGUUCGAUGUACUUUCAAAUGACCACAUUGUAGGAAGUAAAGCUGAAAUAGCUAACUUUUCAUCUCCACUUCAUGGAUCAAUCCUGCAGUUCAACCACAUGUAUCGUUACACGCCCUUUGAUGUAUUCUUUGGGAGUGACUCAUUCUCAUACACAAUAUCCGAUGAUAAUAACAAUGUCGUCACUGCAACAGUUUUCAUAUCUGUCAUCUGCAGACCACCUCAGUUCAUAUCUUUACCGCAGAAGUUGCAUGCUACUGAAGAUACCGUCAGCCCACAAUUUGGUGGAUUUCCAGGGAUCAAAAUAGCCUAUUCAGAUACAACAGAGAAUAUAUCUGUUACAGUGAACGCGCAGUCUGGAAAUGUGUCCCUUGCUCUGUCGCCAAUGAAGCUUCAACAGUCGUCAGCUGAUGUACUUUCAGUCAGCAAAGGUGGUAAAACUGGCAAAGACCUGAUGUUGGAAGGAACAAUAGAAGCGAUAAAUGGAGCUCUACAAUUUUUGCAGUACCUUGGAAACGAGGACUUCUGUGGAGAUGAUGUUAUAGCGCUACACUCCAUGAACAGAAAUGGUGUAGAAGACGCUCAGAUCCCGAUAUACGUUGAACCAAUCAAUGACCGUCCAGUGAUACUAGCUCCAGCAUCAAUUUUCUUGGGUGGGAACGAAUCAAGGGAAGGCCAUCAAAUCUACAACAAGAGCAGGGAUACAUUCCAAUUUUCCAUUUAUGAUCCUGAUCUUCGCAGUUUCCCUGGGAACAAGUCUCAUUUUUCGCUAGUGCUCUCCCUCGAAGUGUGUGAGGGAACGUUGACGCUGAGGUUGCCGGCUAGUACCAUUCCCAGUGUGGAGGUGAAGACCGAAGGCGUCAGCCAUUGGCAGCCGAUUCAGACGUAUGUGAACAUUGAGAAUCACUUUGUGCUGAAAGAAACUGCCGUCAGGUUCCGUGGGAUGGUCCAGGACUGCAACAAUGCGAUGGAGCAGCUGCAUUACCAAGGUCCGAGCAAUGGAACAACCUUAUCCAUCACUAAAUCGCAGCGUGCUGAUGGUGCCGAGCGAAGUUGGUAUUGGGCCGGUGCGAGCCCUUCUGGCGCAAACAGAUCAAGUUUUCGUCAGAGGUCUUCACGGUCAAGCAAGCAAGAACUGGAACUCCAGCCAGUCUCCAGGAUCAGAAACAACGGAAAUCAAGAUGGCAUUCCAGUAGCAAACAAGAACAAAUAGAUGUUUGAUAAUUUACCCUAAAAUGUUCCUCCGAGCCCAAAAUAUUUUCUGCUCGAUGGGAAGUAAACUGGAAGACAAGAUAGGUUGCAUGUAACUCCAAUUGACAUUUGACAGUCAUACAGAUUGUUAGGGCAUCGGGUUCAUCUUUACUAUUAAGAAUAUCCAUAGAAGUUGAACAAAAGGAAGCAGGCUUCUCAGACAGAAGCUUUUCUUCUUCUUUUUUUUUUGAGCGGCAGCUAGAAGCUUCCUCAUACAGGCAAAAGAGUCACCUACUCACAUGGCUGCAUUUUCAUGGCAAACCAGAAUGACUGCUAGCUUGCUGCUUGGUCUGCUGGACAUGCAUCUCCGGUGCUUUAUUCCUAACCUAAGCGAAGGCCGCAGCAGUCCACAGUCCUGUCACGUGGUCUCACACAGAAACCAUAAUGGGUACUACCUUCUCCAAC